GCACCAGGUGUUCAUGAUAUGAACAGUUUUACUGUGACAGAAUCAUCUUGUUCAAACAGCCGACGCUACAGCUUCGCAAGGACUCUUUGUGUAUGUAAUGUAUAUGUACAAAAAACACCUCACGACAUUGGCUAUUUAUAGCGACCUCGUACUAGUGUUGUCAUGCUUAAACCUGUAUAAACACGUGACACUAUCGACGAACGUACUCUUUAAGUGCAUACAUUCAAGAGCAGAUAACUCUGAACAUUAUUCGCCACAGUUUUGAUGCAAAUUCCACUUCCUGCUGUAAAGUGCCUGGUGUCUGCGUUGUGGUCUGUGGCCUUGGUGACUGCCUACUCGCCACCCUGCUCAAGAGAUACAAGGUUGACGAUAAAGCGGUCAUGGAAAAUUCUGAGAACAUGUUUUCCGAGGAAUCCCUGACAAGUGAUGUGGCGCUUGUAGUCGAGGACCAAAAGCUGCACGUGAACAAAACGGUACUUUCGCUUGCAUCUCCAGUCUUUGAAAAAAUGUUCUUUGGGGAGUUCAAAGAGAAAACCUUAUUAGAAGUUCCGCUACCCGGGAAGACAUACGACGACAUGGUAGAGCUGCUACUGUGCAUCUACCCAUCGACCGCCAAUCCGGUCACAGUAGACAACAUUGACGCACUACUUCCACUAGCGGAGGAAUAUGCAAUGAUGUCUCUAAUGCAACGCUGUCGCAGGUUUGUAAAGACCUACCUGAAACUACACGUGCGAACUUUAUCCAAGUCUCAGCUGGUACAUUUCAUGCAUCUAGCAGACCAAUAUGACUUUGAUGAUGUCCUUGAGGAUUGUCUAGCUCGGGCUGUGCACAUUGAAUACAGUGGCACUAAUGGGCUACAACACCAGGAGGAGUUCCAAGAUCUCAGUGACAAGGCGGCUGUCCAGUUCUUUAAGCGGCGAUUGGUGUUGAUGGAGGGACCUGACAGACCGGUGGUGGCAAAAGCCGCCCCUACUGCGUUUAUGAGAUACCCAAAACCAGUAGUGAAUUGAUGAAUGAAGUGUGUUUCGCUGCAGUCAGUAGCAUAAUAGCUAUAUCAAGGCGACCUGUAAAUAAUCGAGUCCUGGACAUGCUCAAACAGUAGACACCGGAUCUUAAUUUAACUCGUCUCUAACAACAAUCCUGUGUUACUAGGCACAUACAUAAGGAGGCAUUAAAGACAAAUUGUAUACAACUAUAUAAGAGGUUCUUUGACAAUAGGUCUGAGUGAAACUGUUGACAUCGAAUAUGUUUCAGUUCUCUGUUGCUUAUGUAUAUUAAAAGUUAUUUCACAGAACGUCUAAUCACAAGGAUCACAAUGUAUGUUAGAACCAAUUUCCCUUCAUCAAGUUUUUUUUUAUCUAAGUUACAAUCACUUUGCCUUCUCAUGUUCAAGAUUUUCACAAAGUAAAGGGUAAAAUUAUG